AUGUCCUCUAGCUUUCAUGAAGAUCUUGGCCUAGGCCUCACUGAGCACCUUCCUGCCCUGACUCUUCUUACCAAAAUCCAAAAAACCUACUUCUAUUCCGUAAUAUAUGCCCCAACAUUAUAUCUCAUACUCGGUAAUGAGCUUUCUUCUCUUAGCAACUUAAUCCAGGAUGUCGUUGCCGAAUCUCUUGAAGGGCGAUUUUCUAUGUCCACCAUCUUCCGCGAUGACAACAAGCGUGCUGCACAGAGGGCUGUUCAGCUGGUAUUCAACGGGAUGGAUUAUAGCCUAGAGGGACUUGAAGGAACCUUACGAGGAUUAAAGGCGGACAGAUGCGCAUCUGAAGAGGCAUGGAGGUUAUGGGGUAAGGAGGUGAGGGAUAAUGGGGGGGAGGCAGGUUUGCUAAGGGCGCUGAAGGCGGUGAAAUAUCAUAAUUGGGUAAUUUCAGUAGUGAUUAAGAGAGCUCUUAAAAGAAACGAAAUAGAGGCACUCCAUGAGACCGCCCCUCUAACCCGAGAAUAUCUCUACAAGCUCUUCACCGAGCUUCUCUCAUCCACAGGUGCCAACAGAUUCCCCUACAAAUUAAUCGCCAAAUUCAUGACGAGUGCGUCGGCCUCCCUCUCUGGCCAAGUCUUCCCAACGGAGGUAUCUAUAGAAAAGGUACUUAAGAUCUCGAUGUAUUGGACAUUUAAGGCUGCAUCGAGCAUAAGAGACCACACACGCAGCUCGAAAACUCUCUCGGGUGAAGAUGCUAUUGCCCUUUCCAAGGCGUUUUGGGUUUUUGAAAUGUGUAGAGACUAUGUAGGCGCGGAUAUUAAAGAAUUUGAGGCGGUUAUGGCAAUUAUUGCGAAUGAGCUUGCAUUUGCCGCGAAGGCACUUCUUGAGUCAGAAAUUGGCUUCCCACCUUUCGAGUUACUCCCCGAAACUGGCGACUUUCAAAUAUGGCUGAGCGAAGAAGAAUAUAUAGUUGACGCCGAGGCCGAGAUGGUCAGCCAUCCUCAACCACCAGAAACGCCUGUUCAAGAAUCAUCACCCUCUUUUGAGAAUGGGGUAUCGAUGAGUGAUACCGUAGCGCAUCCAAAUACAUAUAAUACCUAUGAAGCGCAUGAUGACUUGUCUCAGUCAAGUGGAAGUAGCCACAAUUAUGCCGAGUCUGGUAUCGACUGCAGAGAUAAUAACAACAAUGCACCCGGGCAGUGGAGACAAGAGGCAUCACCUAAAUCACCGGAGUCAAUAUCAAGCUUGCGACGCAGUCAAAGCCAUAGUCGACCCGGGACUUUGAAUGGAAACUCUUCACCCUCGCUUCAUGGGUUCAAUAGGCAUUCCAUAGCGUCGGAACAUGUACGGGAAACUAAACCACUUUUGCCUGAUCAAAGGCGAGGCAAUACACCUGUUCUUCGUAAACAGGUUAACUACCAGAAGCCCAACGAAAGAUCUGCUUCAAACUCGGAAUUUCUUCCAGAAGCAGUGAUGGCAGCAAUACCACAUUAUGGGGCGAGGACGGAAGAGGAAGAGAUCAUGAACAGGCGUUUGUUGGCAUCAAAAUCUUACACAUUGCAAGACGCAAGGUGGGACGAAUGUGUGGUGAGAGUCUUUAGGGCGAGAGGUACUGGAGAGUUGAGGGUAUUGACCCUGUGGGACGACAAGCAGGCGGGGACUCUAUUUAUUAAUCCAGAAGAGGCUGAAUUAGUGCCAGAAUACGGCUAUCAUAUGCAGACAAAUAUUCCGGUAAUUUUUAUGCGAAAGACGACGGAAUGGGGGUCCUCCCUCCAGCUGGGAAAACAGACAAAAUCUAUAAGAAACAGGGCGACGCCGAACAGAGAGAAUACGUAUUUUAAAUUUACGAACAUCGAAGAUAUGUUCUAUUUCCAGUGUGCCUUCCUUGGCGAGACCGUUCUCGCUGAUAUUCGAACCGUUAGUGCUGUCCGCUACAACAAAUAUGGUAUUUUUGAGGGUACGACAAGCACAAACUUUUGUCGCGUGCAAAUCUGGAGAGAAGUAGAAUGCAGCAACCUGAUGCGUUCCAGUACUUCAUCGCCUGAUGGAUCCUCAAUGGCAAAUUACAAAGGAAGGUUGAAAGGAUGGAUGUUGAGACCAAAGUCGUCAAGGAUCGUGGUAUUUUUGGGCCGUGAGCUACUGAGUGUUUUUAUAACGGAUGAUAUAACGAUUGAUGAGAGUAGUGCCAACAGUCUUACGGUAAAGAUAAAACCAAUAUCAUAUGGAACAUUUGGAGGGCGAAAAUACGUUAAGGCACGCAUAGCUGGUAACCGAGAUCUUCCCGGUGGUAUCAGACUUGAUAGAUGGGGGAUGUUGAUUGAGGACGAAGACGAAUUUGAUGAUUUGAAGUGGCUUGAAAUUGAGUUCGAAUCAUCCACUGGAAUGAAGGUGUUUACGGAUAAUUUUAAGAGAGAGUUGCAGAUAAGGCGGAAAGAAAGGAUGGAAGUUGAUGAAUUGAAGAAAAAAGCGGCGAGUAAUGUCAGGAGUUUAGGAAACGGCUCGUAG